GGACUUUUCAAGCUAUGAUGAAAGCGAAAGUCUUCUGUUAAUAUCAAUUUAGAUCAAGUUUCUUAACCUUAUGCAUAAGUAUUCGAAGUCUUAGAAUACGCAAGUAAAUGUAAAUUCGACUAUUAGUGCUUCUAGUUCCUCUUCUUCUUCGUCUUCUUCGUCUUCUUCUUCUUUUUGACAACCCAAUCCAACCUAACCUGGUAGAAAUUUUGGCUCUUUCAUGCGCGCCUUUUGUUUGCCAUUCCUGAACAAGAAGAGCAGCUGAGUGAGAGUGAAAAACAGGACCGCAAAGGGCUAACGCGUGCAGAUGUAGCAAUGGACGCAAUUCGACAACACGUUUCGGCAAAGUCAGUAGCCUCCGAACUCGCGAAAGAAGAUGCCAACAAAAUAAACACGGGGGAAAACUUAGAGGAGAUGAAGCGCCAAGCCAUUGCGAAGCACGCCACGUG